AUGAGUACUAAUUCUACGUCUGAAAUAGUUGACAACUUAUCUGGUUCCUUCGGGGACACCAGUUUUUUUAUCAAAACAGCCAACGACCUUUAUAUGAAUAUGUCGUGGUUACAACUUAUUAUCACCACAAUUGUAUUGGGAUUGUCGUAUGAUCAGAUUAUGUAUCAAAUCCGAAAGGGUAGUAUUGUUGGUCCUCGUUUGAAGGUAUGGCCUAUCAUUGGGCCAUUUUUAGAAUCAUUAGAUCCUAAAUUCGAAGAAUAUAAGGCCAAGUGGGAUUCUGGUCCUUUAUCGUGUGUGUCGAUUUUCCAUAAGUUUGUUGUUAUUGCAUCUUCAAGAGACUUGGCUAGAAAGAUCUUAGGGUCGCCUAAGUAUGUCAAGCCAUGUGUCGUUGAUGUCGCUAUUAAGAUUUUAAGACCAACUAACUGGGUUUUCUUGGAUGGUAAGGCACAUUCGGAUUAUCGUAAAUCUUUGAAUGGUUUAUUUAGUCAAAAGGCUUUGGAAUUAUAUAUUCCUGUUCAAGAAAAGUAUAUGGAUUUAUACCUUGAAAAAUUUGUUACCUUGGAUGGUCCAACUGAAUUCUUCCCUCAAUUUAGAGAAUUAUUGUGUGCCCUUUCUUUAAGAACUUUCUGUGGGGAUUAUAUUACUGAAGAACAAAUUUCCUUGAUUACUGACAACUAUUUCCGUAUCACUGCUGCCUUAGAGUUAGUUAACUUCCCAAUCAUUAUUCCAUACACUAAGACUUGGUAUGGUAAAAAAAUUGCAGAUGAAACUAUGAAAAUUUUCGAAUCCUGUGCCGGUAUGUCUAAAAAACAUAUUAACGAAGACAACGGUAAACCAGGAUGUGUUAUGGAUGAAUGGAUUUAUUUAAUGAAGGAUGCAAGAGAAAAGCACUCAGAUGAUCCAGAAUCUAAGUUAUUAAUUCGUGAGUUCUCAAACAGAGAAAUAUCUGAGGUUAUUUUUACUUUCCUCUUUGCUUCCCAAGAUGCAUCUUCAUCUUUAGCUUGCUGGUUGUUCCAGGUUGUAGCCGAUCGUCCUGAUAUUGUUGCCAAGAUAAGAGAAGAACAAUUAAGAGUUCGUGAUCAAGACCCAUCCAAGCCAUUGAAUUUAGAAUUGAUUAAUGAAAUGACAUACACUAAUAAUGUUGUUAAGGAAUCAUUACGUUACCGUCCUCCAGUCUUGAUGGUCCCUUAUGUUGUUAAACAGAGUUUCCCAGUUACUGACACAUAUACCGCCCCAAAGGGUUCUAUGAUUAUUCCUACAUUGUACCCAGCAUUACACGACCCAGAAGUAUAUGAAGAUCCAGAUAGUUUUAUUCCAGAAAGAUGGGAAAAUGCCACUGGUGAUAUGAACAAGCGUAACUGGUUAGUUUUCGGUACCGGCCCACAUAUUUGUUUAGGUAAAACCUAUGUUUUGAUGUUAUUUACCAGUAUGUUAGGUAAAUUUGUUAUGAACUCGGAUAUCAUUCAUUAUCCUACUCCGUUAUCCGAAGAAAUUAAAGUCUUCGCUACAAUCUUCCCAAAAGACGAUUUAAUCUUAGAGUGGAAGAGAAGAAACCCACUUCAAGUCUAG